AUGCACCCCAGUAACUCCGGCCCGUCACGACAGUUCGCAGAGCGCCUCGGCCCGCUUCACACACCAAGCCAAUCUUUCAGCGAGGCAGCCCAGACCGGCACUCCGGACUCCAUGGCCGCGGGCGGAUCCAAGGCUGGGGGCGCGGGCUGGAACGACAAGAAGUACAGGGAAGAGUACGACAUUGCGAAGAGCAGACUGUUGGAUCAGAAGUUCAACAUACGAGAUUACGAAGACCCUCUCCUGCCGAGGGAACACCCGCAGUCCAGCUACUACCCCAAGGGGGUCACCGCAGACCUGGAGGCGCGCCUGCUGGACGUUGUCGCAAGGGUGAAGGCCGCUGCUUCGUGA